AUGCAACAACAAACAUUCAACGGACAACCACCAGAAUAUACUGAUAAUAGCGCGGAGCGCAAAACUUUCAGUGGUUGGGAAUAUGAUAAUCAGACAUUUAAUAGAUAUAAUGUAUUUGAUAUCAAGGUUAGCGAAUGCGAACUCAAAGUUCGAUUAGCUUUUGUGCGUAAAGUUUAUUCAAUUUUAUUCGCACAAAUCUCUAUGUCAACCGCUGUAGCCGGAUUGAUGAUUGGUUGGGCCAUGUUUGUUUCUUUUAUUUUAACAUUCGUUCUUUUAAUCACCCUUCAAAUAAAUCAUCGCUCUUAUCCUAAAAAUUUUGCUCUGCUUGCUGCCUUCACGCUUGCUGAAAGCUACUCAAUCGGUACUGCAGUAACCUAUUAUGAUUAUAAUGUUGUAUUACGAACCUUGAUUGUCACAUCUGGUCUUUUUAUUGGUAUUGUGUUAUAUACAAUGCAAUCUAAAUAUGAUUUCAGUGGAAUGUUUCCCCUCCUUUAUAAUGGACUUUUGCUUGUUCUAGGAAUAAGCAUUGUCGGAAUAUAUAUACCAUUCGGUGGUGUUUUUGAUUUUAUUUUUACUAUCAUUUCUAUUGCUCUAUUUUGUGCUUUUAUUGCUUAUGAUACUUUCGAUGUCAUGAAAACAAAACAUCCUGAAGAAUAUAUUCUUGCUGCCGUUGACCUUUAUUUGGAUUUCGUUAAUCUAUUUCUCAGAAUUCUCAAG